AUGGAGGAACAGCAAACUGACAGAGAAAACAUAUCGCUAUUUACUCCCGUACAGUCGCUCGUUGUCCAUUCCCAGACACAAAACUCAGGAUUCUUCUCUAGAUUCAGAUAUCAUUUAUUCGCAGCCGGAUUGGCAUUCCUGCUUAGUCCCUUCGCGUUCAUAUGGCCCGGCCAAUCGUCCAUCGAUCCGACAAACAACGCUGAACGCACGAGGCGAGUUUUAAAGACAACACCACUCCUGGGUCAUACGGACCUUCAGAGGAUGCGAACGGGGAUGGUAGGGGGACAGUUCUGGAGUGUAUAUGUGCAUUGCGAUGUUAAUCAGCAACACUUCGAAGAUCCAUCUUGGAUUGUAAGAGAUACUCUGGAGCAAAUUGAUGUCACCAGAAGGUUUAUCAACGAGCACCACCAGAGCCUCCAGUACUGUGACACUGCCGCUUGCGCUCGGAAGGCUUUCAAAUCAGGCCGCAUCUCGAGCAUGAUUGGCAUCGAAGGCGGCCACCAGGUUGGAGGUAGUAUUGCCAGUAUACGACAGAUGUACAAUCUUGGAGCGCGGUACAUCACCCUUACUCACAAUUGCGAUAACUCAUUCGCGACUUCUGCUUCUACCGUUGCUGCCGGGGGGCGUGAUGAGGGACUAUCUAAAUUGGGAUACGAGGCUAUUAAGGAGAUGAAUCGAUUGGGCAUGAUGGUGGACCUCUCGCACAUCUCACACCAGACGAUGAGAGACGUGCCAAGCAUAGCCCGCGCUCCGGUCAUCUUUUCGCAUUCAGGGGCUUACAGCGUAACGCCGCAUCUUCGGAACGUACCCGACGACGUUCUCCGGACGGUGAAGCGCAACGGAGGCAUCGUCAUGGCCGUGUUCGUCAACCGCUUCCUCAAGAUGAAAGACCCAGACGAGGCGACGAUCCACGAUGUCGUCGACCACAUAUUCCACAUCGCGGAGGUGUGUGGAUGGGACUGCGUCGGCGUGGGCAGCGACUUUUCUGGAACUCCCUACGUGCCUAUUGGCCUGGAAGAUGUAUCCAAGUUCCCCGACCUGGUGCAGCUCCUGAUGGAGCGCGGUGCGACCGACGAGCAGGUCCGCUUAUUUGCGGGAGAAAACAUCCUGCGCGUCUGGUCGAGGAUCGAGCAGAGAGCGCGCGAGAUACAAGCUACAGGGGAGAAGCCUGUAGAAGAAUACGAAGGAAGGCAAUGGCACAAGGGGAUGAAGGACUCCCCCUGGAUGCUGAGGGGUAGUAGGCAAAAGGCCAUUGAGGCCGGCGCUGCGGAUGAGCCAUACAUGUUUAAUGUAGAUAAGGAGGGGAGACAUAAUCCAGCAGUUAAAGGAGUGUAA